GGUUUUGCCCAGCUCCUGAACGAUCUGAUUACAUUCGAGCCCUUCACUCCGGUAGUCCUAUCAAGCCCUAACAAUGGCGGCUCCGAUCGAAUCGGUGCAAUGUUUCGGACGCAAGAAGACGGCUGUGGCCGUCACGUACUGCAAGCGCGGCAGGGGUUUGAUUAAGAUCAAUGGCUGUCCAAUCGAGCUGGUUGAGCCAGAGAUCUUGCGCUUCAAGGCCUAUGAGCCCAUCCUCCUCCUUGGACGCCACCGUUUCUCCGGUGUCGAUAUGCGUAUCAGGGUGAAGGGUGGAGGUCACACCUCGCAGAUCUACGCCAUCCGCCAGAGCAUCGCCAAGGCUCUUGUUGCGUUUUACCAGAAGUACGUCGACGAACAGAGCAAGAAGGAGAUCAAAGACAUUCUGGUCAGGUAUGAUAGGACUUUGCUUGUUGCCGAUCCUAGACGCUGUGAGCCCAAGAAGUUUGGUGGUCGUGGUGCUCGUGCUAGGUUUCAGAAAUCAUAUCGUUGAUCGAAGACUACUUGGGAACUAUGGCGGAGAGGCGUUAGUCGGUAAUGAUUAUUUUUGUUGGGUUCUAAGUUCACAUAGUUUCGGAGACUUAAACUUAUGGUUCAGUAACUUCAGUUCAUGCUCUAGUAUAAGUAUUUGGAUUUGGAAGACUUGAGUUUCCGUUGAUAUUACGAUAAUUGCAAUCAAAAUGCUUUUUGGAACAUCUGAAUUUAUCUCCCAGUCAUUUCUGUUUGUUUUAGAUGAAGGUCGUUAUGAAGAAAAAUAGCCAUUGUUAUUGAUAAAUGAUAAUUUAUAUUCUAUACAUUUUUGUUGAA